AACGCAGACCUCUCUUCCAAGUUGGUCGGCGCCUUUGGGUUUGUCCGUCUCUUCGUCCGUCGCUGGACCCCUUCUGACGACCUGCCUUUUCUUGCCUCUUGCCUUACCACCUGCCUGUCGCGUCCUUGCCAUAGCUGCCUUGGAAAUUAGGACCCUUUUUGUUGUUGAUUUUCCUUGGCAGAAGACCUCUCUGUGCCUCGGCGCCGAUGCUUGCCAAGAGGUGACAACUCGCGACGCUCGCAGGAUCCAAUCAGAGACAUCCGCGGCAUCCGCGAGCUCGUUCCUCUUCGUCGCUGGCUUCUAAAUACUGUCCCAAUCCCCCCAUUGAGCAGGUAACUAGAGAUUGCCAAUUCAUCUUAACUUCCCUCCCGAUUAUCUUAUCAAUCCGAUCAACCUCCCUGCCCAGCCAUGGCUGCCGUCACCAUCGACCCGGCUCAUAAGGACCGCAUCAUCUCGCACAUGAACGCGGACCACUCGCGGGAGCUCGAACAUUACCUGCGCGCCUACAAUGGCCUGUCCGCGUCGGCCGCCCGAGGCGCGCAGCUCGCGGACCUCAAGCUCGACGCCAUGAUCAUCACCACGCCGUCCCCCAAGAAGACGCACAGCGUCGCCAUCAACCCUCCCCUGGGUUCCGCCUCUGACGCCCGCAUCCGCCUCGUCGAGAUGGCGUACGCGGCGCUACCUAUCCUCGGCCUCAGCGACGUCCGCAUCUCAGCCUGGACCUGGCCCCGCGGUGCCGGCCUCGUGUCGUUCCCCGGCGUCUUUCUGUACUUCCUCUGCGCGGGAACGCUGCCGCUCGUGCAGCCUGGCACGGCGGCGUGGGAAUUCAUCGACGCCAAGUUCCCGUCGUAUGCGGGCGUAUUCUCAUCCUCUCUCGUGUCCUCGCUCCGCGCCGACGCCGGGAUCGGGAUCGGCGGGGCGCUGACCUACGUCUGGCUUGUGAAGGCCAUCUUCCUACCUGUGUUGCUGAUCCAUAUCGGGGAGGCGUGGUGGGUCGCGCGCUCGCGGCUGCGCCCCCACGGCGUCGACACUGGAUCUGGCCUCUGGUGGCUCUGGGUCGUGAAUACCUUCUUCGAGGGCCUUCCGGCCAUAAAGCGGUUUGACGGCCUGGUCGCGGCCGAGCGACAGAAGAAGGAGGCCACAAAGCAUUGAUGAUUCAUGGCCUGCUCUCAUCCAUCCCCUUCUUUAGCAGUUGGUAGGAAAGGAGGAUAAGUCGGUUAAGUGGCCAUUCGAGGAGUGGUAGGGAAAUGGUUCGGCUUAGUGACGUCGGUAUUGGUGUUUGUUUUGAUGCCGGCGAAUCUGUCUCAAUUACUAUUGUUAUUUUUCUUCGAUGGGUGCGGACGGAGAACGGAGCCUCCGGAUGAGAGGAUUGGAGGUCAGAGGAGGACUGAACGCAUCAAUUGAUAUUGGUAGUUGGUUCCAUUUCAUUCCAAGGCCUUUCGCUCGGGGACUUUGGGGGACAUGUCGACAGCUGGACCCUCCUACUAUGAGGCUAUUUAUCGUUUAAUAUGCUCUCCCGAUAGUCUAUUCUUUGUAGAAUGUGUGCAAUGAGAAGGAUCUCGCCGAUCUCUGCGAGCCCGAAGAGCCCCAUGAAAGUCUUGGACGGUCAACCGCCCUCCUGUGUAUGGGGUUUUAAGUUCAGUUAGGUUUGGUACUAUCACAUCACUCGCUGUACGGUGUGCAACUAAUACGCGGCUCAGAAGUAAAGCCUGCUGUGUGAUAACUCGAGAGCCGGACUCGAGGGAA